UUUGAGAUGUCAAUAGUAUUUCAAUCGUUAUAUAAUUUUAUUUCAAUCAAAAAGGCAGUAAAAUUUUUGAUACAAAAUUGAGGUUUUUGCUAAUAUUUAACAAAAUUUAGCACAUACUAUAGAUAUUGAUAGUUUAGUAAAGACUGGUGCAAUAUGUGUAGUAAAUUUAAGAAUGUUACGCAUUGCAUAUUUGAUUUGGAUGGUUUAUUACUAGAUACUGAAGUGGUUUAUGAAGAAAUUGUAAGGCAAAUAGCUGGUUCUUUUAACAAGUCUUACCCACGUGAUGUGCGGAUAAAAUUGCUUGGCACAACCGAGCAAAAAUCGGCUGAAAUUGCUGUCAAUGAACUAGAAUUGCCCAUAACUGUCGAGGAAUACCUGAAAAUAUUUUCAAAUAAGUGUAAAGAAAUGUUGGGGAAUUCACCGUUGAUGCAAGGUGCAGAGCGAUUACUGAGGCAUCUCGAUGCUAAUAAGAUUCCCUUAGCAUUGGCUACUAGUUCUGGCGAGCAUAUGGUUGAAAUAAAAAUUAAUCAUCAUCGCGACGUGUUCAAACUUUUUCAUCAUCGUGUUUGCGGGUCUACUGACCCAGAAGUUAAGGCAGGCAAACCUUCUCCUGACAUAUUUCUUUUAGCUGCUUCGCGUUUCUCGGACAAACCUUGCCCCUCAAACUGUCUUGUUUUUGAAGACGCCCCAAAUGGCGUUCAGGCAGCCUUAAGUGCAGGCAUGCAAGUUGUGAUGGUACCAGAUGAACUAGUAACGAAGGAGCUGCGCAAGGGAGCAACUCAAGUAUUAAAGUCUUUAGAAGAUUUUCGUCCCGAAGAUUUUGGCUUACCGCCUUUACCAAAAAUGUGCCAAGUUACAAUUUAAGACUGUAAAAUUAUAUUGUUUAUCUAAAACAAGAGCUUAAAAAUAAAUAAAAUUCAAAUUA